AUGAGUGAGGAUCAUUCUAAUAGUAAUAUAGAAGAUGUUGUUUUGUGUUCACAAACAUGUAAUGAAAUAGAUUCUCUUAAGGAUGAAAAAGAAGAGAAAGAACUUGAAAAGCUCUCUUCUGAAUCCAGUGAUUCGUAUUAUAAAAAUAAAUUUCGCUUUAAAAAGAAUUCAAUUGAAAUAAAAAAAAAAAGUUUAUUAAAAAAUAAAUUAAAAAAUAAUGAUAUACAAGAAAUUAUAAAAAAUGAUCCUAUCUUAAGCAACCUUAACAAGACAAUGAUAAAUGAUGCUGAAGUUUUUGAUCUUGCAAAUAAAAAAGAAAAUAAGACUAAAUUUAAAUUAGAAAAUGAAAAAAAAGGAAAAAAAAAUUCAACAAAUAAUAAAAAUAAAAAUAAUAGUGUCCUCUUCUUAAAUGAAAAUUUAGAAAACAAAGACCAACUUAAUGAUAACAAAAAAUAUGAAUAUCAAUUAAAUGAACAAACAAGUGAUAUUAAUGAUAUUUCUGAAGAGAUAUUGAAACAAGAAAGUCAUCUUACUAAUAUAGAUAAGAAUGAAAAACUAGAGGAUAAAGAUGAUACACUUAUUAUAAAUGAACAAGAAAAUAAAUUACAAUUAAAUUUUACUAAAAAAGAAAAAAAUAAAAAGAAAAAAGAAAUUAAAUCGAAUGAGCAAAAUAAAAUCAAACAAAAUAAUCAAAAUUUUAAUUCAUCCAUAUUAAGUGAAAUAAAGAAAAAUAAAGAAUUAUCACCUUUAAGUUUGAUAAAAAAGCAUGGACGACUAAUAAAUAAUAUUGAAGAAAUAUAUAACAGCAAUUGCGAACAAAUACAAAACGUCAGAGACGAAUUUGCUGAAUUAAAAAAUGACCUGAACAAAAUUAUGAAUUUAAUAAAUAUUGGUCAAAAGGCAGUAGCCUCCCUAAAAUAA